AUGGCACUGCCAUGGCUGCGAUACGAGAUUUCGGUCGCAAAGCAGUCGCAGUCGUUGUACUGUCGCUGUCGAACUGGCGGCGAACACGGAGUGUAUUUUCAGCUGUGCUUACCCGUAUGGGCCCAGUUGCCACGAGGUCGGUCAGCGGCUGACUACCCCACAAUCUGGCGGUCUCACCGUUUCCUCUUCCAGUUGCAUCACGUUGCUGGAACCCCGAUUGCAAUCGACAUGCCACGCACUCGGAGAUUUGUUUUGCAGAUCCCCCAAUCGCGGGUCCCAGACUGCGCGCAACGAGCAAUAUGGCACAACGCCUCCGAAGCCCCUAGCACCUCAACAACCGCGCUCUUUUGCGAGAAAAAGCAGCGCAAAUUUACAUUCUCAACCUUCAUACGUCCAAAUCCAAUCACUCAAGGCUGA